AUGUCUGCGAUUCCUAAUCUGCCCACCGAUACGCCAGGGUACCACGCUAAUGGCAUCACAAAUGGUACCGCGAAAACACCAUUCAAGAUAAGCGAUGCCCCCGUGGAGAAUCAACGACGACUCAAAGUCAUCGUAAUCGGUGCAGGCUAUUCAGGGAUCUAUUGUGGUAUCCGGAUCCCUGAAAGACUACGAAAUGUUGAGCUGGUACUAUAUGAGAAGAACGCAGGGUAUUCGUUUGAACCAAAUCCGAACUGGUCCUCGCUUUAUGCUCCGGCGGCUGAAAUUCAAGCCUAUCUGGAAGGUGUCGCGAAGAAGUUUUCGGCUGACAGGUUCAUCAAAUUACAGCAUGAGAUCAAGGAGUGCUCGUGGGACGAGAAGGCGGCGAAAUGGAACGUCAAAGUGCAGAAUCUCUCGACUGGAGAAACGAUCACCGAUCAGUCUGAUGUCCUGAUCAGUGCCCGAGGAAACCUUAAUACUCCUUCUUGGCCAGAAAUCGAGGGUUUCGGGUCGUUCAAGGGAGAGGUGAUGCAUUCUGCGAAAUGGAAUGAGGGCUAUGACUUCAAGAAUAAGCGCAUUGGCGUCAUCGGUUCCGGCUCCAGCUCUAUACAGAUUGUGCCUUCUUUACAACGCAUCACCGGAACUCAUAUCAGUACCUUUGUUCGCAGCAAAACCUGGAUAUCCCCUCCAUUCGGCGAGCAAAUCUUCGAGAGCUACGGGUUGAAAGGUUCAGCGAUUCCUGAAGAGCUUCGCAAGCGUCUCCUCAGCGAUCCAGAAUUCUACCAGCAAUUCCGGCUGUCCGUCGAGGAAGAUGGAAAUGGUAUCCACGCCGUGACGAUGAAGGGCACCGAGCUCCAAAAGGGUGCGAAAGACCUGUUCUAUGAACAUAUGAAGAAGCGACUCGCAAGCAAGCCAGAAAUCUUUGAAGCCCUAGUCCCAUCCUUCUCACCUGGAUGUCGACGCCUUACGCCCGGACCAGGCUAUCUAGAAUCCCUGACCCAGCCAAACGUCUCCUUCAUCACAUCCCCCAUAACCCGCAUCUCCCCAACAUCAAUCCACACCGCCGACGGCCAAACCCACACCAUCGAAGCACUCAUCUGCGCAACGGGUUUCAAAUCCUCUGCACCCCCGCCCUUUCCCUUAAUCGGCCUCAACGGCCUGCCCCUAACCGAAAAAUGGGCCCACCGCGCCACAACCUACCUCUCGCAUAGCAUCUCCAGCUUCCCCAAUCUCUUCACCAUGCUCGGUCCCAACGCGGCCAUUGGCUCAGGGUCGCUGACUAAGAUGAUUGAAACCGUGGGUGACUACAUCAUUAAGUGCGUGCGUAAGAUACAAAAAGAAAACAUCGCUGCCAUGGUUGUGAAAAAGGCGCGUGAAGAGGAUUUCACGGCGUAUGUUGAUGCGUAUUUCCAGGGCACGGUGUUUGCGGACGAGUGCAGGAGCUGGUAUAAGAAUAAGGGAACGGGCGAGGUGGUUGGGUUGUGGCCGGGGUCCACGCUGCAUUGUAUUGAAGCGAUGCGUAGUCCGAGGUGGGAGGAUUAUGACUAUGUGUAUGUUGGGGAGAGGGAGGGCGGUAGGGAAAGAGUGAAUCAAUUGGCUUGGUUGGGGAAUGGAUGGAGUGUGAAUCAGCGCGAGGAGAGGGAUUUGGCGUGGUAUUUGUAUCCCGAGUUUGUGGAUAGGCCGGUGGCGCCGAGGCCGGAGGAGAAUGGGAGUUUGAACAUCAGGGCAUUUUCGCAUUAA